UGUCUCCCGAGUCUCAUCUCGCAAACAUGGCGCCGGAGCAUGGUGCGAGAUUUUCCUCGCGGAGACUUCGUGUGUGAUCCGGAGGAUUCCUUGCGUGCACCAGGACCCCUCGGCGAACAUGUAGACGGCCGAAUGGACGACCACGACGCCCCGAUGGUAUUCCAGUGUCUCCGUUUCGGAUAGUCUGCCCGAUCGCGGACCAACGCCGCACGACCAUGACGACUGACAAGAUCAAAGUGGCUGUGCGUGUGCGGCCGAUGAAUCGACGAGAGGUCGAACUCGGAGCACAAUGCGUCGUCGAGAUGACCGAGGGACAGACGGUCCUCUACAACUCCGGCAAAGGAGAAGGGCGAAAACAUCCAAAGACAUUUGCCUUCGACCAUUGCUUCUGGUCCUUCGACGAAGGGGACCCGCACUUUGCCGACCAGGAGACGGUAUACACGGCUCUGGGAACAGACAUCCUGGACAAUGCUUUCCAGGGAUACAACGCCUGCAUUUUUGCCUACGGACAGACCGGGUCCGGCAAGAGCUUCACCAUGAUGGGCACGGUGGACAACAAGGGGGUGAUCCCACGGCUGUGUGACUCACUCUUCGAGCGCAUCGCUUGCGCGGCAGACCCCUGCAUGAGCUACAAGGUGGAAGUGUCCUACAUGGAGAUAUACAACGAACGCGUCCACGACCUCCUCGAUCCCCGAGGUGGCAAACAACACCUGAAGGUUCGAGAGCACAACAUCCUCGGUCCAUAUGUGGAUGGUCUCUCGACACUGGCCGUCUCUUCGUAUGAGGAGAUCAACAACCUCAUGACGGAGGGCAACAAGUCCCGUACCGUGGCGGCCACCAACAUGAACAGCGAAUCGAGUCGCUCGCACGCCGUCUUCAACAUCACCUUGACCUGCUCAAUUACCGACAAGCAGUCGGGGGUGACUGGCGAGAAGGUGUCCAAAAUGAGCCUGGUGGACUUGGCGGGCAGCGAGAGGGCCGUCAAAACGGGGGCCAUCGGGGAACGCCUCAAGGAAGGCUCCAACAUCAAUAAGUCCCUCACAACGCUAGGGCUGGUCAUCUCCAAGCUGGCCGACCAAUCCUCGGGCAAGGCCAAGGACGCCUUCGUCCCUUAUCGGGACUCCGUGCUCACCUGGCUUCUGAGGGACAACCUCGGCGGCAACAGCCGCACGGUCAUGGUGGCGGCCAUCAGCCCCGCUGCAGACAACUACGAGGAGACGCUGUCAACACUGCGCUACGCAGACCGUGCCAAGCGCAUCAUCAACCACGCUGUGGUCAACGAAGACCCCAACGCACGCAUCAUCCGGGAGCUUCGUGAAGAGGUGGAAAUGCUGCGUGGGCAGCUCAAGCAUGCCACGACACCGGAGGGUCUCAGCGAGAGGUUGCGAGAGUCUGAGACUCUGAUGGUAGAGAUCUCGCAGACGUGGGAAGAGAAACUACGGAAGACGGAGAAGAUUCAUCAGGAGCGGCAGCAGGCUUUGGAGAAGAUGGGCAUCUCGGUGCAGGCUUCGGGCAUCAAGGUGGAGAAUGACAAGUACUACAUGGUCAACCUCAACGCCGACCCCUCACUCAACGAACUUCUCGUCUACUACAUGAAGGAGCGGACGCUUGUGGGCAGGCCCGACGCCCCGUACGAACAAGAUGUGCAGCUGAGUGGCCUGGGCAUCAUGCCCGAGCACUGCAUCAUCACCAUCGAGGACUCGGAACUCUACAUCACGCCCCUCGAAGGAGCCAGGACCUGCGUGAAUGGGACCCCCAUUGUGGAGAAAACCCAGCUUCACCACGGCGACCGUCUGCUCUGGGGGAACAACCACUUCUUCCGAAUCAGCUGCCCCCGCACACUCACCGCGGGAGCAGCUCUGGAGACCCCAACCCUGGACCGGCCCAUCGACUACGAGUUUGCUCGUGAGGAGAUCAUGAUGAAGGAGCUGGUCAACGACCCCAUCCAGACGGCCGUGCACUCCCUCGAGAAGCAGCAUGAGGAGGACAAGCACAAUGCCCUGGAGAAACAGCGGCAGAUGUACGAGCGUCAGUUGCAGCUGCUUCGCAACCAGAUGUCCCCGUCGACUCCUUACGCGCCGUACUCCCCCUUCGACCCCCUCGGGGCCAAGGCCUCCUCGGGGCUGCCCAGUCCCAGCGUGGCCUCGCGCAUGGAACGCUGGGCCAAGGAGAGGGACGAGCUGUUCAGGAAGAGCCUGGCCAAGUUGCGGGAGGACAUUGUGCGUGCCAACGCCCUGGUUCGGGAGGCCAACUUCCUCUCCGACGAGAUGGGCAAGCAGACGGAGUUCAAGGUUACCCUGCAGAUACCCGCCGCCAACCUGAGCCCCAACCGCAAGCGCAGCGCCUUUGUGAGUGAGCCGGCCAUCCUGGUGAAGCGCAAGGGACGCGGUAGCCAGGUCUGGUCGAUGGAGAAACUGGAGAACAAGGUGAUCGACAUGCGCGAGAUGUACGAGGACUGCAAGGACAGGAUGUUGCCACUCAAGCAAGAGGAAGAGGAGGGUGUGUCCCAGCCCGCGUCGGACCCCUUCUACGAGUCGCAGGAGAACCACAACCUGAUUGGGGUGGCCAACGUGUUCCUGGAGGCGCUGUUCCACAACGUGCGCCUCAGCUACCACGUGCCCAUCAUCAGUCAACAAGGGGAGAUUGCCGGACGUCUGCACAUGGAGAUCAGCAAGACGGAAGGAGUGCUGCCCGACCGGGGUACCGACCCCGAAGGAAGCUUCCGGGGCUCGCUGCUGGACAUCUCCGACGACGGCUCUGGACGACAGGUCACGGUCAGGGUGGCCAUCAAGAGUGCUGUGGGGCUACCGCCCUCGCUGUCCCACUUUGUGUUCUGCCAGUACACCUUCUGGGGCCACGCCGAGUCGGUGGUGGUGGCCCCCGUGGAGGAGUCCGUGGCCAAGCUUGAUGUGCCGGCCAUCUCGCCGGACAGCUCCAGCACCUCCUUCAAGUUCGGCCACGUGCGGGACUUUGUGGUCCCGGUUACGGAGGAGUUUGUGGAGUACUGCACGGAGGGCGCCCUCUCGGUGGAGGUGUGGGGCCACCGGUGUUCGGGCUUCACAAGCUCGGGCACGGGCUGGGACCUCGGCGGCGGCGGGCCUCAGUCACACAUCUCCCACUCCCUGGUCGACAGGUGGGCGGAGCUCAAGCGCAAGCUGGAGCUGUGGCUGGAGAUCCACGAGCUGACGGAGCAGGGGGAGUACGCCCCGGUGGAGGUGGUGCCCCGGGGAGACGUGGGCACCGGAGGCGUGUUCCAGCUGCGCCAGGGUCAGCAGCGUCGCCUGGUGGUGCGGGUGGCGCCCGUGGCCAGCUCAGGCACCCUGCCCCUCAUAUGCCAACAGGUGGGCUCGGUGGCCGUGGGCGCCGUCUGUGUCCGCUCCCGCCUCCAGAAGCCCCUCGACUCCUACCAGGAUGACGACUUGGGGGUUCUGCGGGAGCGCUGGUGCGACGCUCUGGGCCGACGACGGGAGUACCUGGACGAACACCUGCAGAAGAUAAUCCACAAGCAAGUGAAAACGGACGAGGACGUGGAGCGGGAACAGAGCCUCAUCAGUCAGUGGGUCUGCCUGACGGAGGAGAAGAACGCCGUCCUGGCGCCUGCUCCGGGCUCCGACAUCCCCGGAGCCCCCGCUAACUGGGAGCCACAGAUAGGCAUGGAGCAGCAUGUUCCCGUUAUCUUCCUGGACUUGAGUGACGACAUGAGCGUUCCGAACUCUGGGGAGAAUGGUCUCCAGGUGGCGGGGUCCAACUCGAUCCUCCCCAAGGAGCACCACUCCCAGCUCUUCAACCUCCCCAUCGUCAAGCACUGCGACAAGGACGUGUGCGCCACGGCGGCGUGGGACUCGUCCAUCCACAACUCCAUGCACCUCAAUGCUCUGACGUCCCCCAACGAGAGGGUGUACCUCAUCCUGAAGGUGUCGGUGCGGCUGAGUCAUCCGGCAGUCAUGGACUUGAUCCUGCGCAAGCGCUUCGCCAUCAAUGUCUACAAGAGGCAGUCCUUCACCGACAAGAUCCGCAAGAGAAUCACCCGACAGGAUGUCUACUUCGCUUCUGGAGUGACCUACGAGAUUGUGGCGAGCAUACCCAAGGCCUCCGAAGACCCCGAGGGACGGGAGUCCCUGGCCCUGAUGGCGGCCUCGGGCGGGGACGCGGGCAGCAGUGACGGAGAGAGCUACAUCGAGAAAUACACCCGGGGGGUGUCGGCAGUCGAGAGCAUCCUCACCCUCGACCGCCUCAGACAGGAAGUGGCGGUGAAGGAGCUCCUGGCCGCGGAGGGGCGCCUGCUACGCAAGACGGCGAGCGUGCCCAACAUCGCCCAGGGGAUGCGGGGGGAGACCGGGUCGACGCUGCGCCCAGACGAGCCCCACCGCUGCGACUCGGUGGCCAACCUGAGCAUGACUUCCUCGCUCAGCGAGGGCCUGGACCGCUUCCUCAGCGAGGGGAAGAACGCUGCCAUCUCGAGCCUGGCCUCCUCGUUGGCAGGCCUGAGCCCGCAGCCAACCAAGUUUGUGAAGCCCAUGCGGACAGUCAUCGAGGAACAGAGUCAGCAGCGGGAGGUCCAGCCCCUCCUCAUCGAAGACGAGGAUGAGCAGUCCGGAGACGAAUCGCGCACAGGAGCGAGCGCCCGGUUGCCCUCGCCACUCGAGCCGUCCAGAGAUCCGUCGGAGCAGACGACGGAUGCAGGGAACCGUGCCGCGGAUGUGAAGGAGAAGGAGGAGGAGUUCACGGAGUUUAAGUCCUUCUGGGCAUCGGGCAAGGACGGGGAGGUCAAGUCGGAGGGCGGUGAGGAGCGCCACUCCAAGGUGGCGCCAGCUGCCAUGACCCACUCGGCCACCAGCGACGGCAUCGCCGACUUCGUGGGCAAAGCGGCCACCACUCCAAGCAUGGUGUCGAGCGGAUACGGGUCCCAGGCCCUGUCGUCAACGCCGCUGUCCAGCGAAGACUCCGGCUCGCUGCGGAGCGUCGGAGGAGGGGAGGAGCCGGGAAGUCCGGAAGUCCCUGAUGCAAAGCCCGUGCCGGCCGCAGAGAGCCACGCCGCUUCCGUCAGCAAAAACGCUUGCGACGAGCACCACGCAGAACGGGCGGCAACGGACGGAGGAACCCAGGUGCCGACGGAUACCGUCCCAAGAGUCGGAGAGGCAUUAGUCGAGGAUCUACCGGCAGUUCCUGAUACGUGUGCGACCGAACCUAGUCCAGAGCCGACGACCGAGCGAGAAGUCGUCGGGCAAGAGGAUGCGCCGGUAGUCGUGGAGCCCCCCGGGUCGCCACAGGACACUCCUGCCAUCGGUCUGACGGCGGUGCAGCGGAGGCCGCAGACGUCGUCCCCGCGUUCCACUCAGCAGCGGCAGUCCUACCCGGCUGCCGUCGCAGCGAGCAACGCAAAGCCGGCCGGUCUGGCGCCCAACCUCGGCCUCCCGCGAUCGGACUCCCCCGCCGACGGCGCUAGCCAGAGUUCGUCCUCGUCGGAGGAAAGCCUCUCUGUCAGUGCCGCCAGCGACGAUGCAAUCGACGCGACCUCUACGCUGGAGUGGACGGCGCCCCCAUGGCUGGUGGUGGGGGAGAGCGUGAUGAUCAGCCCGUACAACAAGACCGGGGCCGUGGCCUUCAUCGGACGCACCCAGUUCUCCCCGGGGCUCUGGGUCGGUGUCGAGCUGGACACGCCCACGGGGCGCAACGACGGCUCGGUGAGCGGGGUCAAGUACUUUGAGUGCAAGCCCAAGUACGGGGUGUUUGUGCGGCCGGACAAGCUGGUGCUGGACAAGCGGGGGCGCAUGGUGCGCCAGAGCCGGGCAUCGGCCGCUGCCGCCCUCCAGCCGACCUCUCGAGGAUCGGCCAGGGACGACAUCAUGUCCCGCAGCAUGGGCAGCCUCCAGCUGUCCCAGGCCAGCAGGGCGUCCCUGGGCUCGACGGAAUUCAUCUCCAGACGCAGCAGCGGCCAAGACGCCCUGCGGCCCGCGGCAAAAGCGAGCCCGCGCGGCCACAAGUGAACGCGAGCUUGCCACCCGCCCGCGAGGAACGGCGCGUCUCCCGUCUUUUGGGUGCCCCUCGAACGAACCGCGGUCCCUUCUUGGUUCUGUCUUGGUGGUCGCAAGCUGCCACCCUCUGUUCUUCCAACGGGAAUCCGGGGAAUCGAGAAGCGUGCGGGGAGGGUUUGACGUCCCCGGUUGUCACCUGUUGUAAAUGUUUACGUUUUGUUAUUUAUCGCGGUGGCGACCCCCACACACACUCCCGCUCAAGGCGUCGGUUUUACUCCAGAUUUCUUUUCGUUGCCUGGUUUUGUUUGUUUUUUUGUGCGUGGAUUGAGUUGCGAGAGUCAGGGGGACGAGCGGUCCGCCACGCGAUCGUUCUCGGAACGUGCGGUACGGAUUCGGGAACUUCCGUUUUUAGAAGGUUUUCUCCUUUUCAUUUUUUUUACCCGGAAAUCCGGCGCAUCGUUGCAAUCGAGAACCUUCGUGCGGAAACGCCGAGUCCUCGGACGGUGGUGCGUUUCGGUGUGCGUGUGCGUGUGUGUGUGUGUGCGUGCAUGUUGUUCCAAAGAUUUGCUAGUAUUUUUCGUUACAGCCUUUUUGUUUAGUUGUAUAGAGAGGUAUAUUGCAUACAUAUUAUAUACAAAUCUAUAUACAUACAAAACGCGCAGUUCUAUCUACACGGAUUGCGCGCUAAUCUGUACCAUGUAUAUAUGUGGGAGAGGAGGAUCCAGAAGGUUGUAUCGGUGCAAGUUUCAGCUUCCUCUUCGCCGGGUUUCCAGCACGUUGUUUUCAAGGCACCGGUGCGGUGUGACGCGGAUCGAGUGGUGCAAAGAGCCGAGCGAUCCGUCCCGGUUUUUAUCAACAGUCGUCCGAGUGGAUACAUCUUUUUUUUUUUUUUGGCAAGUUAACUCGGCAUUUAUUUCCUUAGCUAGGUAUGUUCGACAUACCGAGGUGCACUUACGGUGGCUACGAAAUUCAGCGACGCUCAGGUCUACUGUACGGCGACAUGCCCGAGGGUUUUGUUUAGUCGCUGUCAUUCCCCCAGAGAUAGCCCAGGGAAACGUUGGAAUGAAUUACGAAAUCUCGACAGGUCUCUGCUCGUCCAUGGUGACGCAGCAUGUGUUGCUGUGCUCCGUUUAGCCUUACGACGGAUUGCAGCGGACGUUACGAAUCAUUGCAGCCAACCCAAUGCUACGAACGUGUCACGUGACUGUACGCGUCCCACAAAUCCCCGUGCCUCUCUCGUAGAUCACGUGACGCUUGCGCGGCGUCGGAUUGGCUCCGACGGCUCGUAGCGCCCUUUGCAGUAUGUCGUAAGAUGAAACAGACUUGUAGAAUGGAUGAGCACUUGCGUCCGCUUUAUCGAAGCAACUGCAGUUUCAAAUCCGCGAAGAACACCGCUGUCAUCUCAUGGACUUGUACGGUACAGAUUGGAACAAAGUUAUCCGUAAAUGUUGCCUAACACUACCCAGUAUUUUUAUUUUUUUAAUUUUUUGAGUCAGCAUUUUCAGAAGCGGUAACAAAAUAGAAAAUUAGACCCGAAGGAGAGUGUAGGCUGUCACCGUCAAUAAAUGCGCUACCUUUUGGGGCAUGAUAGUAGUACUUCGUCGUUCUGCUGCAUUUGAUGCUUUGGGACAAGAUACUUUGAGGAUGUUCCUUUUUUUUCUGUUUUGCUUUUUUAUUUUUUUAUUAAACAAAUGAGUUUUACGUAGUGGUGCGUAACCAGAGCAAUAGGAAGGACAUUAGCAAUACCGAGAGUGUGGUGCCUGGAAUGGUUCCCCAACCGGCGUGUUUACCGCGUCCAAAAAAGUCUUCGCCAGGACCAGGACAUUCGACAGAGCAACACUCCGGCUUUUGCGACGUCAUUUUUGCCACUUCGGGACCGCUUUCGGUGCACGGAUGGAGUGGGACGCUAGACACGCCGGUCAAAGAUGCUUUCCAGGCACCCUAUUGAGAGUCAUUGAUAUAGUAUACAUAUAUAUAUCUGAGGCAGUGGAUCGAGUAUUCAGUGCUUGCACGGUUAUGGGUCCCUAUCGAAACUGGCAUUGGGGUAAUCACGAAAUGCGCAUAUUGCAUUCCAUAGCUGAAACAUUCCAUGAGUAGUGCUCACGUUUGUAAGCACUUCCAAGACUUUUCACUCCCAACGGCGAUCUCCAGAAGAAGAUUGGGAAAGGUUUGAGGGGGGCCCGUUUAUACCACUGCCCACAAAGCACCAGUCCCCGAGUAACGCAUUGUCCGCAGUCUGUCGUUAUUCCAGUGUAUUUCGAGCGAUUUCAUUUUUCGCUCGACGGGGGAAGGGUUAUGGCAGCCAGAGCUUAGUCUUUGCUAAGCUUUCGGGACUGCCGUCCGACGUUUCUCACACUGGUUGUGCGUGUUGAUUGGCCCUGGUUGCUGUUCCGGGUUCAAGUGGCGGGCCUUUUGUCGUCGCUGACACAAACAACAUCUUGUCUGUUCUGCGUGCAAGGGACAGCCUGUUUGACCUCUCAGGCACCGUUGAGGGCCCUUUGUGAUUUAAAGUACCGUGACUAGGACACUUAAAGCUUUGGAUUUGACUUUGGCUUUUUGUGCACACCACCAUUCGCAUGCCCAGUCUCGCUCGGUGAACAUAGGAGCGUACGUUCCUGCAGACACAGUAGGAAACACCCGACUGGCAACCCUUUUAAAAUUCGAUCGCCGACACGCGGCAAAGAGAAACGCGUUUGCCAACGAUGCCAAGUGGUAUUAACUGGCAAGUGUUACCGUGGUGCCGGCAGUGUGCUUUCUUUUCCUGUCUGCAUGUCCCCCCCAAAAACUUUAGUGUUUUUUAGAUUGCAGAAAUAAACUGUGCAUUGCCGAACGCUCUUUGCCCGCUUGGCUGUAGCUUUAGCGGUCCGAACUAGGUGCUAAAGGGGCCCGUUUUUGCCCGUUUUCGGUAACUGACCCCAUUCAGCUCCACAUAUUAAAAAGCUCCGUCGACCACCAUUUUCACAUUUAAAUUUUCAGAAAAUGAUGUCUAACUUUUUACAUAGAUAACGGUUAGUCCUGGAACUCUGGCGUUUGGUUCGAACCGCUAGCACCACAUUUGGGCAGAAAAUGAGCGCUCAUUUGAUGCAUAGUUCAUUUUUGCGGAGAAAAAAAUAACCCUGUACAUUUUAAGGGGGGACACCCCAUAGAAUUGGUCGACCCUUCGUUUAAGGAGACUAAAUCCUGAGGAAACACACAUCUUGGGAUGAAUGUAGCAAUGGAGAGCCAUUUGCUGUCCUCGGUGCAGAAGACAGUCUUUUCAGUGUGUUGCGCAGGUGCAAGAAUUGUCCGCAGUCUUAAAGACAAGAUCAGCUUCGCGUUCUGGGCACUACGAGCCCUCGAGCCUCGUGUCCGGACCCCAUACGGGUGCCGGACCUUUCUCCGCCGAAGGAAGCUUUGCCCCCAAGUCGACUCUUAGAGUCUCGUAGCCAAUUGCAUAGCCGUCCCGUUCUCUGUAAACGUAGCAGAGCCCCCCCCGACUGCGACGUCCAUUAAACGUCGACUACCCCGUGUGCGGCAGGAACUUAGUCCCAACCUCCAGUAAACAGUCUAAAAGUGAGAAAGACGCACCACGCCGUUGUUUGUGAGCUUGCAUCGCAUCCCUCUUUUUUUCUUUUUUUUUUUCGUUUGGUGGCAUGCACAGUGCUAGUCUAGAGGUGCUCGAGCAUAGCUUCAGCUUUUUUGAGCUUGUCUCGAAAUUGGGUCACGGCAGGAUGAAAACAAUCAAGUUACGUGUGGUCGUCUCGCCCCCUGACCGCUUUCCGCUGCAGGGUCUCUCUCUUUUUCGUUGUUUUGUUGCCGUCUGCACGAUGUCCGAAGCGUAACUGCCCGACGGCAAGUCCGGUAGGAGUGGCGUCCGUCUCUGCCCCGAUUCCAGACGGGGGGGAGAGAGGUCCAUACGGUUGUUUCUCGGGGGGAGGGGGGGGUCGGUUCCCCCUUCCCCCUCCUCCGUGUGAGUCUUUUGUGCGAGUCGAGUGACAGUGUGUGCGUGCGAGCAUGAAUGAACUCGGGGGCCCCGUUGUAUCUAAAAAAGGAUCUUAUUCCUCUGGUGUUGCUUUGGGGAGACUAAAUGUGUGCGUGACAACACGUCUGUACCGUUGGCCAAACGUUGCCACUAUGCUACUUUUGCCGCGUUAUAGAUAUAGAAUAAAGAUAUCUGCAAUGUAGCGAAAGAACCUCA